GAUCACAGAAACAACGGGGCUUGACCUGUUGUUAGUCUCUCCCUCCGUUGCCAGCUGACCUUUCUAUCGUCGAAUUCGCAGAGUCGCCCUCUCCUUUCGAUUGCUCACGAGAUUCAGAGCCGGCUCGGAGGCCAAAAAAUUAUCGCGGAUCGUUUCGAAAAUAAAAAGAGAAACCGUCCUUUGAGAGGAACAGGCACAGCCAAUUUACUUCGCAUAUUGCGAUCUUUGAACUGUUUGGUUUGGCUGGUUGUUUUUCUUCAAAGGGCUUGAGGUUUUUCUUUUCUUUUCUUGAGGGCAUUUCGUGGUCGGCGUGCUCCUCGAGCUUGGAGGAGUGACACCUGGGGCGGACGAGCCGACAGAACACCAUUCAACCACCGUCUCCCCCCACAACACAAAGACAACCACUCCAACUCCAACAACCACCACCACAUCUCGAGGACACAAAAAAAUGCUAGCGGGGACUAUAAACGGUUCACCAAGUCCAGGAAGUGAAGGAGUUAGGAAUAUACACCUUAGUGACUCGCCCAGAUGCGGUUCGGCAGGAGUGGGAAGGCACUCGAGGGUGACCGUCCCUGAUGAACUCAAGAUGAGGGCUAGUAGAGGCUCGUCGAAAGCAUCGUCUCGAGGAAACACGCCAUCGUCCCAGGGCAGUGAAGUGAGCGUUAAGCAGGGAAAUGGAACACCGCCUCGAAAAUCUCAGCGUGCAGCGCCUCAGAAAUCGGCCAGGAAACCGCCAACCCUUUUCACCGAUUAUCCUGACAGUACUCAAGAAGCGAUUUCGACAUUUUCUGUCAUCGAUGAAUGUAUCUACAGCACCAAAUCAAUUGGAGACUCCGGGCAGGAUGGUGAAGUCAUGUCUUGCGAGUGUAGAACAGAUUGGGAUGGCGAAUGCAAUCCUGCGUGUGGUGACAAUUCCGACUGCAUAAAUCGGAUGACAUCUAUGGAAUGCACUCAGGACGACCGCGCUUGCGGUCAGGAUUGUCAGAACCAGCGAUUUCAGCAGCGCCAAUAUGCCGACGUCUCUGUUAUUAAGACAGAGAAAAAAGGUUUUGGCCUCCGAGCGAAUUCCGACAUUUCGAUCAACACCUUUUUGUAUGAAUACGUAGGCGAGGUUAUUGACGAAAACAAGUUUCGCAGGAGGAUGGAAAAGUAUGAUUCGGAAGGAAUUAAACACUUCUAUUUCAUGUCCCUGGGAAAGAACGAGUUUAUCGACGCCACCAAGAAGGGAGGGCUUGCUCGGUUCUGCAAUCACUCGUGCAAUCCAAACUGUUUCAUUGAUAAGUGGGUUGUCGGGGAGAAGCUGCGAAUGGGCAUCUUCGCCAAACGAAACGUAAAGGCUGGCGAGGAGUUGGUGUUUGAUUACAAUGUCGACAGAUAUGGUGCGGAGCCGCAGACUUGUUAUUGUGGGGAGUUUAAUUGUCUUGGCUAUAUUGGAGGUAAAACCCAGACAGAUGGGGCUGCACCUAAGCUUUCACACCACAUCAUCGAGGCCUUAGGGCUGGAAGACAGUGAGGAAUGGUCGACCGCAACAGCAAAGAAGGGCCGACGUCUGAAGAAGACUGAUGGGGACGACGAAGACUAUGUCGAAAGUGUACAGUCAAAACCACUUGGCGAAGCGGAUGUUACGAAGGUCAUGUCUUCUCUAUUGCAUUGUAAAGAGAAGUGGAUAGUCAGCAAACUUCUCCACCGAAUCCAACUUAGUGAGGAUGAAGCCGUUCCAGCGCGCGUGGUGAAGAUGCAUGGCUAUCAGAUUAUGGGCAAAAUCCUUCACGACUACCAAUCGGAUGAGAACAUCGUAUUAAUGGCUCUCGACAUUUUAAUGAAGUUUCCUCGCAUCACCAAGAAUAAGAUUACAAGUUCUAAGAUUGAGCCGACGGUACAACAACUCAGCACCGCAGAUGAUCAACGUGUUCAGGAGGCAUCAAAGGCCCUCCUGGAAGUGUGGAGCAGUUUGGAGACCGGGUUCCGUAUCCCGAGGAGAAGUAAGGCGGACAUGGAGCGGACUAGGUCAAUGUACCAGGCCUAUGAGAGGGAGUCAAGUUCCAAAUCGAAGUCAAAUUCGCCGCAAUUGGAGAAACCGUUAACACCAAAUGGUCCAAGUCGACCGAGGCCGUUUACGAAAUCUGGCUUUCAGAACCAACCCCCUCGUGGACCCCGCGCAGAGCAGUUUCAGCGACACAACGACAAACCACGCAGGGAUAUACCGUGGGGCUGGCACAAGACGCAUACCGGUGACGGAAAACUCUACUAUUAUUCCAACGAUGGGAGAGCCCGCUGGGAUAUUCCACAAGAGCCAUCCUUACAGGCAAUUAUUGACGGCAUCACCCGCUCCCGUUCCACUGAAAAGAUGAAUAAGCAAGAACAGGAGCGCCUUAAAGAGGAAGAGAGGGUACGUCAAGCCGAAAAGGAAGCCGAUUCAAAGCGAGCAAAGGAAAUGCUCAAGGAGAAGGAGAAGGCUCAAAGAGAAGCAGAGAAAAUUAAGCCACCGAAAAUCUAUGAUAAUGAGAAAACCAAAAAGAUUCUUAUAAGAGCUUUCUCUACAGUUGUGGCGAAUGCCGUGAACAAAUAUGAAUCAGAAAUAGGCGGCAGAGAUCUUGUAAAGAAACACGCAAAGGAUAUCACCGAGCUCCUCGUUAAAAAAGAAAUGAAAGAUGGACGCCAGAUUGCCAACCCCCAUCUCCUCCUUGAGUCUGAUAGCAAGCGCCUAAAAGUCAAGGGAUUUGUCAAACCCUACAUCGAGAAGGUCAUCAGAAACAAGCAAUCUAUGGAUAAUCGCAAGCGGGAAAAACAGAAAGCUUCUUCCAGUAGCCAUAGACCGGAGUCUUCCUCUAGUUCCGAGAAGAAUAAAGAAGUUGCUUCAGAAUCUUCUUUCAUACCUCCUGCUGCGAUAAGUCCCAUGGCCGAUGGUGUCGAGACAAGCAUCGGCACACCAAUGGCUGGAACCACACCUCUCGCCACCCCCGGGAAGAGACGUCGGGACGAGAUAGGAGAGGCUAGUGGAAACCCUGACGUGGUGGCCGAGAACGAAGGAGGAGACCCCAAGAGACCGAGGCCUAGUCCUCCAAAGGAUGUGACUCCUCCUCCCCCCCCAACAGGCGUCACAGAGGUCACAUUUUCUAGUAGUUGAAGCGAAUUUUGGAGCAAUGAGAGAGGUGCCUACUUUUAUGAUGGAGAAGCAAGAGGAGCUUUUGUGAAUUUACGGGCACUUUCUGUGAUACUUCCCAUGUUUCUUUACGCCUCCUCUUGCUUAUUUUUUAUUUCACUGUAUUCUGGAUUGCUUGUUGGGUUCUUUUCUUUUCUUUUCCUUUUUUUUUUUUUUCCUUCACAUAUUUUACGGGCUUCAAGUUUUUCUUCACUUCAUGGGCUUCUACUUCAUUCAAAUAAUUUCAACCACAACACCAAUAACAUCCUCCUCCGCACUUAUCGGGUUUCUUCGUUUCUAGUAUUUCAGUUUUUCCUCCCUUUCACUUCUUAUGUAUUUUUA